UCACACCUCAUUCAAUGCCGUGCAAGGCCGCUUGCUUGGCACACUGCAACGCAAACGCUGCAAGUCUUUAGGGAAGGGAGGUUCUCCGCCUCCGUCACCGAGAGAAGCGGUAAGGUGACUGAAGGCAGCCUUGGUUUGCUCCACGAUCCCUUAUUCUUUCCAUUUGAGACUGACAGUCUCCUUCAAAGGCAGAUCACGCCAGCCCUGCAGCACCAUGAGGCGAAUCAAACACCUUUGCACGACCUGCGAGCGCCGACUCCACGUCAACGCCUUUCCCAAACUCCCAGCGGACUCCGACUGCAAGCACGAACGCGACACCUGCCGUCGUUGCUGGCACCAGUGGCUCGACGUACAAGUGAAGACCAAAGCCUCCAACCAGAUUUCCUGCGCCCAGUGCAACAAUACCCUCUCACAAAGCGCCGUUCGCGCCCUCGCUACCCCAGCGGUUUAUGAAAGAUAUCUAGACGCGGAACUCAAGGCAGCCCUCUCAGCCGAUCCGGACUUUCGCUGGUGUCUUGCUCCAGGCUGCGAAUCGGGACAGGUGCAUACCGAAGGCGAUAUCUUCUGCUGUACGGAGUGCGGCUCGAAGGCGUGCGUGCAUUGCAAUGUUGCUUGGCAUGAAGAGGAGACGUGUGAGGGGUAUCAGGCUCGAAUGCAACUUCAGCCCAAAGAGGAGGACAAGAGCACAGCCGCUUUGAAGAAGUACGCGAAGCUGUGUCCGGGAUGUGGGCGGAAGUUUCAGAAAAAUGGGGGCUGCGAUCACAUUCGCUGCACGAUGUGCCGCCACGAGUUCUGUUACCUUUGUUUUGCCGACUACAAGGACAUCUUCGGCAAAGGAAACCAUGCACACAAGUCGAGCUGCGCGCACUGGCGUCCUGCGCCUGUCGCUCGUCCGGCUGCGCCUCCUGGUCGUCCGAGUGCUGCGCGUCCGGCUGCUAUGCGUCCGGCUCCUAUGAACGGGGCUCUUACUCGUCUUGCGCCGUCGGAUGCUGUGCGUCAUACUCCUGCGCGUUAAGCUCACGUUACUCUGUACGCGUCGAUGGAUUGGAGGGGGGUGAAUACGAAAUUGAAGUGAAAGGGAAGGGAAGGGAAAAUGGUGUCGUCAGAUUACAUGUGAAAACACCUGGCUCCCUGGAAGGUCGCUGUGUCUUGCUUUCUUCUUCCACACCCUCUUCCCUCUCCACUACUGCAUCUCAAAUCCACCCCUGCGAGGAGCUGCCUCAUCUCUCAAAGUGUAUCAUCCUUCAUUUCCAUCCACAUUUCAAAAUCAUCUACCCAACUCUUGGCUCAGCACCGUUUCCAAGACAUUAGUUCCUUCAGCCUCCAGACACCUUCACGAAUCGUGACUUUCACUGCCUCGCGGGCUUC